AUGGCGGCGGCGGUGCGGGCGGCGCUGCUGGCGCCGCUGCUGGCGCUGUGCCGGGGGGCGCCGGGACCGCCGCCGCCGCCCGCUGCCCGCGUGGACGUGGCUGUGGCUGUCAGCGGGGCCGGCGGGCGGCGCGGCGGUUCGUACACUCUGCGCGGCGCCGUGUUGGGCGGCCGCGCCGCGCCGGGCCGCGGGGCCCCGCGCGGGGAGCUGCUGCGGGGCAGCCUGGUGCUGGUGGGAGAUGCAGAGCCCGAGCUGGGCGAAGAGGAUAGCUGGAUUGGCGUAGUGCCUGUGGGCCAGGAGCGGGCUGAAGUCCCCAGAGGCGCCAUGGAGGAGUCCUUCACCACGGCUGUGGUCAGCAAGAUGAAGCGAGCCCUGGUGCUGGGGGCAUCAGCCCUGCUCAUCCUGGCGCUGAACCAGAAUGCCAUCCGAGAGCUGGAUGUGUCUCAGCUUCUUGCCAAGCCUGUGAUCGUGAUCCAGUCCUCGGACAAUGUCACCAAGCUGCUGGGAGCACUGCUGCGGGGGCUCCGGGCUACAGCAAAGAUCACAUACCAGGCGGUGCUGCUGGAGAACCUGGGAGUGACUCUCACCCUGUGGUCCACCUGCGGUCUCUCUCGAGGGGGCCUCUAUGGAGAGUGGCAGGGAGUCAUCUGCACAGGAGAGAACAGCUCGCAGGUCCAGAAGUACCUCCAGCAGCUCUGGAACACCAUCCUGCUCAUUGCCCUUCUCCUCUGCACGGGGGUGAUUGUGCAGGCCCAGCGGCAGUCUCGGCAAGGCCUGUUAGAGCAGGAUACUGAGCUGGACCUGAAGCAGCACAUUGUGCGGCGGCUCUCAGCCCUAAAAACCCGGCGGUACCAUCCUGGCAAGCCACUCCAGAACCGGGGCUGCGAGAUAGAUAGCUGUGCCGUGUGCUUGGACAAGUUCCACAAGAGCCAGUGGCUGCGGGUGCUGCCAUGUUCCCAUGAGUUUCACCGAGACUGUGUGGACCCCUGGCUUCUCCUGCAGCAGACCUGUCCUCUCUGCAAGCACAACAUCCUGGGGAACUGCUGCGGAGAGAGCUAGCUGGCCUGAUGGAUGCACUCUAGGGACGGAUCCACCAUUGCUCUGGGAAGAGCCAGGGAGAGGGAGGGGGACAGGGACAGGCAAGAGGUGCUCUGCAAGCUGUGUUCAGUGCUGGAGCAGGGCCAAUGCAGCGGGCUGAGCUGGGGAUGGGGAGGUGGGGGCGGCCCUGCCCUGAUGCUCAGCUCAGCAUGGGCUGUGCCCUUUGCAGCAUCCUGGCAGCACCAGCCAGUGCCUGGCCAUUAGGAGAGCGAACGAUCCCAGAGCUCUCCCCACUUGGGAUGAAUAGAGGGUGUGGGGGAACAUGUUUGGGCAGUCUGAAUGGCUAGUGCUAGGGACUAGGGGCAAUGGGUGGGGUGAAAGGAAGCUGUGGGGGGCACCCAUGGGCAUAAGGGGGCAGGGAUACUGGGGCUGCAGGCAGGGUCUGAAGGCCCUAAAUGGGAGAGCCCUGGCCUGGCUGCUUCCUCUCCCCACUUGUAGAAUCUUUCUCGUUUUCUAGGUCUUUUUUGUAUUUGUCUGUGGCUGCAGCAAGCAGGUGAUGGCAGCAAGCCAUUCCCUGGCAGUCAGGACUGUCCCCAGGCCAUGCUGCACCCAAGCUCAGCAGGGUGGCCUGGCUGCCCGCACUGCCCCCAGGGUGCAUUGGGUGGCAGGUCUGUCAGAGCUGGGAGAUGGGGCUGGAGCUGGCAGGGCUGGUGGGCAACCUGCCACCCUGCUGCUCACGGUGGGAGGGCAGGGGGAUUGAAUGCUUCCUUUAUUUAUCCUAACUUAUUAGAGAGGACAGCACAAGUUAGCUGCAGAGAUUGAACGCAGAGUCAUGGGUGUGCUGCGGUGUCCAGGAACUCGCCACGAGCCCUGGAUGGCUCCUGGUUCCAGGUGGCAGCUGGAGGCUGCUGGACUGAGGCAUCGUAUGUGUCUGAAGCCUCCCGUUGCUAUUAAAUUCAGAGCAAGGAA